AUGAGCGCGGAACAAGAGGAAGCGCCGGAGACGGCCAAUGAGGUCAGAUAUCCGUCGCCUGGCGCAGAGGCAAUGGAUGCUGGGCCCUUCUACCAUACUGGUGGUCGCGACCAAGAACAUGAUCAACCAGAUCAUCAUCAAUCCGAAGAGCUCCCAGAUCAUGGCCAAGCGAAAGAUCAGAAUCACGCCGAAAUGCACCACCCCGAGUCUAUCGCAUCCCAUCAACAUGCAACACGCCCCCCAAACCUGGAAGAGCUCCAGCUAGCUGCGCAAUUGGGCAAUGGAUUGGCUGGAGCAUCAAUGAUGCCUGCUCCCGACCCCAACCUCAGUACAGAUCCUAAUAUGAAUACGGAUCCUAACAUGAACGCGGAUCCCAACAUGAAUACCGACCCGAAUAUGAACACAGACCCGAACAUGAACACCGAUCCUAGCAUGAAUAUAGACGACCAUGGGCUUCGCAACAUGAUGCCACCCCCCGACGAGCAGCAUACACCUUCAUACCUACAAGAUACCCCAACCUCGGACUCCAUGGUACCCCAUGGUAUGGUCAUUGGGCCCACCCUACCGCCGCAUUACGGGCUGGGAGAUGGCGUUCCGCCUAGAAAACGAUCGAAAGUCUCUCGGGCGUGCGACGAGUGCCGUCGAAAGAAGAUUAAGUGUGAUGCCCAAUCGGAUAAUGGAGAGACACCGUGUUCAAGCUGUGCGCGUUCGUCGACUAGAUGUUUGUUUAGUAGGGUGCCUCAAAAGCGUGGCCCCUCUAAAGGAUACAUAAAGGAACUUGCGGACAGGAUCCACAGCAUCGAGAACAAGCUUGAGUCUGAAGGGGGACUUACCCAUGAAGAUCUCAGCGGUCUUUUUAGCACCGAUCGACCCCGAAACCUCAAUGUUGGCCCCGACUCAAAUAAGAAACGGCCUUAUUCUGGCAUAUCUGGGGCUGAUUUUGACUCACCUUCCUCCGGUCGACAGGCCCCUUGGGGAGCAGAGUCCAGGCCGAUACAACCUCCACCCAUCCCUUCCGAGAACAAUGUUGCCCUGCAUUAUAGCGCCGAAUCACUUGCUCCCCAGUCCUCAGCCAUUCAAGGCGACCUUUCUUCCAAGCAGUCUGAGCCUCCACUUGACAUACCCAUACCGGAAGUUGAAGUCCCUGAACUUACAGAUGGGAUGCUGCAAGACUAUCUUGCGACAGUACAGUCAUUGUAUCCUAUUCUUCCAAGUAGUAAACAGCGUCUCGAUCAGUUGUUAGAAGCGUGUCCUUCUUUAAUCAGAACAGCAUUUGUACACGCCCUUUUGGCCGUUGUUCAGUCAUCAUCGGGUAUGGUCAAGCUUGCAAGUUCAUUACUCAAUGAAUGGGAGACUGGCGAUGCCCCCCGAACAGCAGCAAUCAACAUUGUUCACGCUCAAACCAUCCUUCUCUUGGUCAUUGACGCGGACUGGCGAUGUUCCCCGACCAUCUCAUCGCUGUUAGCUCGUGCCGUGGCGCUGGCUAAUAGCAUGGGCCUCUGGCGUCACCCAAACAUGGAGCUGGCUUCCGAAGUCGACUCGGACGACAAUCUUUCUGUGCGUAUUUGGUGGUCUCUUGUCAUUAUGGACCGUUGGCACGCAGUGGGGACUGGCCAUCCGGUCUUAAUAACCAUGCGCAGUGUGGUGCCACCCGCAGGGCUAGAUACAGUGCUGAGCGACGUGUCUUUUUACCUCUCGCGGCUUUCAAGGGUGCUGAACCGAGUAUCGGAGGUGAUUGUAUCACUCGGACCCACCUCGCCGACGACGGAGUCAAUGAAUGCCGGAGCUCUGACAGAUUUGGUUGAAGUCUUCCGUGAGGACUUGCCAGCCCGAAUCGAGCCCGCAUCACAUCCACUGAUACACCUGUCCUACUGGCACUGCCGGCUUUUGAUUAUACUGUUGACGCCGGGAGCAACGGCGUCGGAGCUUAUCUGGCCGCUGAGGGAACUGGUUGACCUCCUGACGAGGAAUUCAGAUUUGCGUAGCCCGUUGGCCAACCAUUACACCUCUCUCAUCAUUUUUGCCUCAGCAAAGCUUAUCAAUAUUGAUUCUUGCAGGGAGGAAGCAAGCCAGCUCAGUAGAGAGAUUCUGGAGAAGCAAGGAGGAGUGUGGGACGUGGUACGAGACAAGAUCUCGGACCAGGUGCGGCUCGCGACACUGGGGGACGCGGCCGGGCUCCAGCGAUUGGCCGAUCUCGCCACAUCUAAUCAAAGCGUGGCCACGGGGUCGGAAGGCCUGGGAGUCGGGUCCUCGCUCUCGCAAGGGUACUUGCAACUUUCCUAG